AUGGCGACCGCACUCGCCGAGCAACUUGAGUCUACUUCGUUAGAGGGACAAGACCCUGACUGGAAAUCAAAACUGAAGGCCCCCAAAAAAGAUCUGAGACCACAGACAGAGGAUGUCACCGCCACUAAAGGUCUUGAUUUUGAAGAUCUCUAUAUCAAACGAGAGCUAUUGAUGGGUAUUUUUGAGGCUGGUUUCGAAAAGCCGUCACCGAUUCAAGAAGAGACCAUUCCAGUAGCAUUAACCGGUCGUGAUAUCCUUGCCCGUGCCAAAAACGGCACAGGGAAGACCGCCGCCUUCGUCAUCCCUGCUCUUGAGAGGGUAAAUCCCAAGAGUACGAAAACACAGGCACUUAUUCUCGUACCAACGAGAGAACUCGCCCUACAGACAUCACAAGUUUGUAAGACAUUGGGGAAGCAUCUGGGCAUCAAUGUCAUGGUUACCACCGGAGGGACUGGAUUGAAAGAUGACAUCAUUCGCUUGAAUGAGGCUGUGCAUAUUCUCGUCGGAACACCAGGCAGGAUCCUUGAUCUUGCUGGCAAGGGAGUGGCCGAUUUUAGCGAAUGCCCGACGUUUAUCAUGGACGAGGCAGACAAGCUUCUCAGUCCUGAGUUCACGCCUAUCAUCGAACAACUUCUUGCUUACUUCCCCAAUGAUCGGCAGAUAAUGUUAUUUAGUGCAACCUUCCCUCUUGUUGUGAAGAGCUUUAUGGACAAACACUUGAACAAACCAUAUGAGAUCAAUUUGAUGGAUGAGCUCACUCUUCGCGGUGUAACGCAAUACUAUGCGUUUGUAGAAGAAAAGCAGAAAGUUCACUGCCUUAAUACCCUCUUUUCGAAGCUACAAAUUAAUCAAUCUAUAAUUUUUUGCAACUCAACAAACCGUGUUGAGCUACUGGCCAAGAAAAUUACAGAACUUGGCUACUCAUGUUUUUACUCUCACGCCAAAAUGCUCCAGAACCACCGUAACCGGGUCUUCCAUGAUUUCAGGAACGGUGUUUGCCGUAACCUUGUAUGCUCAGAUCUUCUCACUCGCGGUAUUGACAUUCAGGCUGUAAAUGUUGUCAUCAAUUUUGAUUUCCCCAAAAAUGCGGAGACAUAUCUUCAUCGUAUCGGGCGUUCUGGUAGAUUUGGUCAUCUUGGUCUGGCUAUUAAUCUUAUCAACUGGGAAGACAGGUUCAACCUUUACAAAAUCGAGCAAGAGCUUGGAACCGAAAUUCAGCCAAUACCUCCAACAAUCGACAAGAAACUUUAUGUUUACGACUCUCCUGAGUCUAUUCCUAGACCUCCAUCAACCCCACAACCCACACGUCAAAACCAAGGAGAUAACCAGAACCCCCAGCAGUUGCAACAGCGAAACGCCAACCAUGCUGCCCACAAUCGUGCCCCCAAUCACGGACAAGGAAGGGGCCGAGGAUUUCAGCACCAGCAAGGUCCCAACCAAGGCCAAUACAAUAAUAAUAAUCAAGGGUUUAACCAACAACAGAACCGCCGCCCUGGGCCUCGAUACAACCAGAACCAAGGCCAACCGGGAGGGCGCCCAAAUGGGUUCGGGCCUCCGGAUGCUGGGCCGCAAGUAAGAGCUCAGUAG